GUGAGUGUGUGCGCAAAAACAGCACACGCAUCUGAUCCGACACACUCACGCAGAGUCUGGCGCGCGGAUUGCCCGACGGACGCGCAUUGCGCUAAAGGAGCUGCGAACGCGCAUUUAUUCGUGGAUUUAACGGGAAUCUUUCCGCUGUUUCUCCGUGGAUCAAAACCUGAUCAUAUUCAGAACAUAAUCCCGAUGUGAAGAGUUUCCUCGGGAUCUUACGCUCGCGGGCAUGCGCUUUACGCGCUGAUCUUUGUGGAUCGUUUUGGACAUGUUGAUGGAUGUUUGGCACCAGGACUGAUGGAUUUGACAUUAUGGGAGUCUGUCUGUGGGGUCUCCGAUGAACAUCUCAUCAGUGCUGUUGUCUGGAGUUGCUGAUCGUGUCUCAUGGAUCGCCGCGGUCGGACCGUCAGACAUCCGGAGCUCCCGUCCGGGACCGUCCUGUCCCUGGAUCAGAUCAAAGCCAUCCGCUCACGUAACGAGUACACGGAGGGCCCGGUCGUCCCGCACCGACCGGCCCCGGGGCCGCGGACCCCGGACAAGCGCGAGAGGACUCACGAGGUGCUCCUGGUGAACCUGAACAACAACUACGAGCACGGAUCGGGUCGUCCGCCGGCGCUCAGCAGGUCCACGAGCUCCGGGAGUAACGAGAGCAACGGGAGCGUGUCGUCGGAGCAGGGAUUGUUAGCGUCGAACAGAACCGUACGGACUCAGCCGAAAUCGUCCUUGCAUCCGUUUCUCCCUCCUCUCAAACAGACUCAGACGGAAAAGCUCGAUUUGCAUUCGUACAUCUGCGAGAAUUGCGGAAAAUGCAAGUGUGGCGAAUGCACGGCUCCGCGGACGCUCCCGACGCGGCUGGCGUGCGACGGCCAGUGCGUGUGUUCGGCCGAGAGCGCGGUCGAGUACGGGACGUGCAUGUGUUUGGUGAAGGGGAUCUUCUAUCACUGUUCUAACGACGACGACGUCGGCGACCCGUGCGCGGACCGGCCGUGUUCGCUGUCCAAUCCGCAGUGCUGCUCGCGGUUCCUGUGCAUGGGCCUGAUGUCCGCGCUCUUCCCGUGUUUGCUCUGCUAUCUUCCCGCUAAGGGUUGCGUGAGAGCGUGCGGCUCGUGCUACGACCGCGCGAACCGGCCCGGCUGCCGAUGCAAGAACUCCAACACCGUUUACUGCAAGAUGCAGAACUGGAACCAGACGGCGGGAAAACCGUCCUGAUGUGUCGCGAGAGUCGCGCUAUGAGCCGGGAAGCUGAAUCGCUGCUGCGGGGUGUGGAAAACAGAGAAGGGGGAGGGUUAUGUUAAUGAGCACAUGCAGUCAAACCAAAGAAUUAUUCAGACAUAAUUAUUGGGUUGUUUUAACCCAACUUUAGGUCCGAUAUGGAGCAAACGUUGGGUUAAAUCGCUGGGUUUGUCCAUAUUUGACCCAGUUUUUAGUGUGUAGUGUGAUCAGGACGCUUUAGUUAACUUAAAUAAAGUAAACUGUGACAUAUUACACCCAAAACAUUCUUCAUACAGUGGACUAAUUUAAAUAAAAAUGAAUUCUGUAAUCGCUAAUGCUCUUUUUAGACACACACUGAACAACUUGAAGCAUUGCUUGAGCUAAACUGGCAUUAUCUAAUUGUGUAGUUAAAUUUAACAGAUAUUCAACCGAAGGACGGACAAAACCAGUCAAAUAUCCACUGAUCUGAGAACGGCGUAUUUUAUGCCAAUUUUCUAAACUAUAAACUGUGAGAAAUGUUGAAGGUGUCUAGGGUUGGGUAUCGUUUGAAUUUGAACGAUUCCGAUUCCGAUUCCUUGUUUCGA